UGACGUUUAAAGCGUUUACAGACGGGCGUACACUUGGUGAGGCCGUCUCAUAGCCGUCUAUUUGAGCUUUUACAGAAGAAAAGAAAAACAGUGACAUGUCAAACAAAACUGACAGUUACAAAAUACGAUUUUAUUGUCUUUUGGGGAAUUUCACCAAGAAAUAGUGUGUCGCGUAACCUCUAAGCGUAUAACAUUUGGUUGAUUUGGUUUCUAAAUAAAUAAGAUUCAACCUCUGUUUACGUUACUCAAAAGAAUAUAUCGAAACGAAGUGUUUUAGUUGACGAUGGAGUCUUCAGCUUUACAGGGCGCAGAUAAUGUUUCCGUGAAGGCUGAGCCCUGUGUGGAUGUGUGUAUACACAAGCCCUCGAUCGAGGAAUCGUUUGUGAAAGAUGAACCUUUGCUGGAUGACGUGUGUGUUAAAGACGAGCCCAGGUGCGAGAGUAUAAAAGACGAGCCUUCGUGCUCUGAUGUGUGUGUAAAAGAUGAGUCGCUCGGCGUGAGCGCGGCGGCGACGGCGGCGGGGCUGUACACCGACCACGCCGUGAAAGAUGAGCUCGUGCUCGGCCCCGUGCUAGUGGAGCGGCGCGUGCGCCACGCACCAACAGUUGCCAAUCUGGCGAUAGGAGUGAUGCAGUCACGUGAGAUUGUCCCCGGGAGACCGUUACUGAGGGACUGCUGUGUAAGGCUGGAGCGUCUUGCUGUGGACACGCUGCUCACUCGGAGCACAGACCGGGACAGCCCGAGAGAAGAUCAUGGAGCUGGUGAAGAGAGUGAACUCAGGAACACAGUUGGGAAUGUCAAAGGAAAAGGACCCACUCCAGAGAAGACCCCAACAAGUAGACUCGAAACUUAUCGAUGUGCCCACUGUAAAUAUGUAACAGCUAGAAAACUAAGCUUAAUUAGUCAUUUGAUGAAACAUACUAGUGAAAAGGCAUACAAUUGUUACCAAUGUAGCUUUUCUUGCAGCUACAAGAGCCUUAUGCAAGUUCAUGUAAGGAUACAUACUGGUGAAAAGCCUUACACAUGUGAACAAUGUAGUCAUGCCAGUGCCCGCGAAAGUGAUUUGCGGCUUCAUUUAGAGACUCAUUCUAAUGAGAAACUUUACCAGUGUAACCAGUGUAAUUAUGCUAGCAAUCGAUUACAUCUUUUUAAACUUCAUGUAAUUCAACACACUGGUGAAAUCCCUUACAAAUGUGACCAGUGUACUUAUGCUAGUACGAGCAAAACUUUUUUAGAAAAACAUAAAAUGGUACACCAUAGUACAAACUAUGAUUUUGCUAAUACAAAACGUUAUAAAUGUGGUCACUGUAGUUAUUCAACUAACCACAAGUCUGAUUUGAGUGCUCAUGUUAGGUUACACACAGGUGAAAAGCCCUACAAAUGUGAUCAAUGUAGUUAUGCUACUGUCAAAAAUAGUUAUUUAAAUAUUCAUAAAAAAGCACACUCGGAUAUAAAACGUUAUAAAUGUGAUCACUGUAGUUAUGCUACCAACCAAACAAAUCAUUUAAAAACUCAUAUAAGGACACACACUGGUGAGAAACGCCACAAAUGUGAUCAUUGUAGUUAUGCUACUGUCAAAAAAAGUAAUUUAAAUAUGCAUAAAAUGAUACACACUAAUACAAAACGUUAUAAAUGUGACCAGUGCAGUUAUGCUACCAAUCGAAAAAAUCAUUUAAUAGCUCAUAUAAGGACACACACUGGUGAAAAACCUUACAAGUGUGAAAAAUGUACUUAUGCUUCUUCGUACAAAAGAGGUUUACUAAUUCAUAAAAACACACACACGAAUGCUGCUUUAUACAAUGAUAAUUCGCGAGUUCAUGUUAGCAAACAUACUAAUGAGAAACCUUACAGGUGUGAACACUGUGGUUAUACUUGCAAUCUAAAAUGUUUUUUGAAAGAUCAUGUAAAUACACACGCUAGUGAAAAAUCUUAUAAAUGCGACCAAUGCAGUUUUGUUUUUCAGUACAAAACAUCUUUACUAAUCCAUAAAAGCAAGCACGCUAAGGAGAUACAAGAGUGACGUUACAAUAAAUUGUUAUUUACCAGAUCUAGAACGGCAAAACAAAGGUAAAAUGCCAUAAUCAUAGGUUCUAUGCUUAUCUUAUGUUGUUAUCGUAUGAUUUUCAAAUAUACAUUCGUAUUGUAUAAUAAAUGAUUUACGUA